UGGUCGGUUUGCCAUCAGGAGACACAACAGCGACAACAUUUUAGUGAAUAGUAUACAGUUAUGAACAAAAAUGUAUCUCCUGCAGUUCUACUAACGCUGGAAACACUAGGCUUACCUGAUGCAAAUAUCUACCCAGCAUUUUUGUUUGGUACUUUAACGUAUCUGUUAAUUAUGUUUUUCAACUUGUUGUUAUUAAUGGCUAUUGCUGUGAGUAAAAACCUACAUAAGCCAAUGUUCAUCCUGUUGUUUAACUUGCCCAUUAGUGACAUGUUGGGCGCUACAGCUUUUUUCCCUCAGUUCAUUUCCAGCAUUGUGACACAGAACAGGCUGAUUUCCCAACCUGCAUGUGUAACUCAGGCUUUUCUGAUCCAUUUCUAUGGCACAGGGAACCUGCUGAUCUUGAGCACCAUGGCGUAUGACAGAUACAUUGCUAUAUGUUGUCCUUUGAGGUAUAAUGCUAUCAUGACACCACAAUUUCUAACUAGAAUGAUUAUUUCAAUAUGGCUGAUUAAUUUCUCAAUCAUAUUCACGUUGAUUUUGUUGUUUGUACGGUUAAAAAUUUGCAGGACGAAUAUAGUUGAUUUGUUCUGUAACAAUCCAGCAUUAAUGAAAAUGGUCUGUGAGGACACAAGAGUGAACAACUACUAUGGAAUUUUUAGUAUGGUCUUGGUUCAAGGUGGAUCACUGUUAAUAAUAAUGUACACAUAUGCACAGAUUUUGCGCACAUGUGUCUUGACUAAUCGGACAGAUGCCCGGUCAAAGGCCAUUCAGACAUGUGGUACACAUUUAAUUGUUUUCUUACUCUUACAAAUCAAUACAGCCAUUACACUCACUGCUCAUAGGAUUGAGAGCGCAUCCCCGUACAUGAGAAGGGUUCUUGGCUUGUCAGUUUUAAUAUUUCCCCCGUUCUUGGACCCAAUCAUAUAUGGACUAAAAAACACAGAACUGAAGCAGAGCAUCAAAAUUUUCCUAAGAAGAAGUUUGGGUUUGACCAAGGCGUGAGCAGUUUUUUAUUUGGGUUACAUGAUUAGACGCGAUUAGAGAAAUCAUACAGCCACUUUGCAAUUGAAUCGAUUUCAGAAUCCACUAUUAUUGCAGACUCACAGUUUCCAUUGACAGCAACAAGUGCACUGCCAGUUCAUAAUGUGCUCGUCAGUUAGUAUCAGUGGUUGCACUGAAUGUCUUGUCAAACUUAAGCUUGCCAUUGUAAGUAACUUCGAUUAAGCAUAAGGGAGACAAUGAUAUGAUGUGGAAAACAGAUUGAAUCACGGAUCCUUGCAAAUAUGCCGAAGUUAUGUGUGAAUGAAAAACAGUGACAGAUUUAAAAGUAUCUCACUGAGAACAGUUGAAAAACAACGAUUUGGAAUGUCUUGAAAUAUUCUUAUCUAUUUGUGCAAAUUUUGCCGUUAAAAAAAUGAAAUGAAUUAAGCUGUAAGUGUGUCAAUUGUGUGCAAG